AUGCGUUCAUCAACAAUUUUAAUCUAUUUUUUAUUGUGUUAUGUAUGUUCAAUAGUUAAAACUAUAAAAGAUGAAGAUUUUUCUGAAUUUGAUGAUUUUGAUCAAGAUGAAUUUGUUAUUGAAACUCCAUCAUCAACCAGUGCACCUCCUCCUUCAUCAUCAUCGAAAACACAAUCAAAUAAACUAGAAUCAACAAACGAUGAAAAUAUACCUCAAUCGAAAUUAACCGAAACACAAGAUGACGAAGUGUCCAUUGAUGAUGAUGAUGAUGCUAUGUUUGAUGAAGAAGAAUUUGAAACAUCUGAUUUAUUUUCAUCAUCAACUUCAUCACCUGAUUUUAAAAUAACUGAAGUUCCAGCUAAUUUAACUGGUAAUCGUUGGGAAGCUUAUUAUUGUGAAGCAAUAAUGAUGAUUGCUCUUCUUGGUUAUUUAAUUCAUUUUCUUAUUGGUCGUACAAAAAAUUCUCAACUUGCUACAAUUAUUUAUAAUUCACAACGUGAUUUACUUGAAAGAAAUUUUGCUCUUGUUGGUGAUAAUGGUCAAACAAGAAAUACUCAAUCAUCAGAUGAACAAAUAAAUACAAUGCAUAAAGAAUCAGAAAAUUUAUAUAUAUUAUGGUGUAGUGGUCGAAUAUCAAUGGAUAGUAUGCUUAUUGAAUUACGUUUUAUAAAACGUCAAUGUUUAUUUAAUUCAUUGGCUGCAUUAAUUAAAUCAAUAAAUGAUACAAUUGUUUAUACAAUUGAUUAUGGUAAAGAUGAUAUGGAUACAUUUGUAUUUUGUUUAGCAAGAAAACGUUGUGCAGCUAAACUUCAUCGUGAUAUGAAUGAUCUCAGUCAAUUUUGUGCCGAAAGAAAAAAUGCUGAUAAAAAAGGUUUAAGUAGUAAUUAUCAACUAUUAAGUGAACUUGGUGAAGUAUCAAGCGCAAUAAUUGAUACAAGAGUAGCAGAAUUUAUGGACAAAUUUCCUGAUGCAGUUGAAUAUAUUCACAUUAGUGAUCAAUAUACCGGUAUGAAAGGUCAAAAUGGUGAUCAACAAACACCAUCAACAAGUUCUACAAAUACUGGUAGUGCAGCACAACAACAAGAUGCACUUAAUAUAAGUGAACGUUCUGUUCGUCGUGUAUUAAUUAUUGCAUUUAAUUUAAUAUCAUAUAAAGAUCGAUCACUUCAAGUAUCAUGUGAAAAUUUAAGUAGUGAUUAUUUACGAUUUGUAUUAUAUUUAAUUGAUCGUGUUAGUUCAUUUCGUUUAACAUCAAAAGAUUCAAAAAUGAAAGCAAUUAAAAAUCGUCAACGUAUUGAUGAACAAUUUUUAAAAAAUGUUAAUCAACAACGUCAAGAACAAGCACAACAACGACGUGAAGAACAACGUCGUGCUGAAAAAGAAAAAAUAAUGCAAUCUGAUGAUCCUGAAUUACAACGUAAAUGGGAAGAAAAAGAACAUAAACGUGAAAUGAAACGACGACAACCAAAAAUGAAACAAAUGAAAAUUAAAGCUAUGUGA